AUCAUAUUGGGCGUUGCCAGCUGACUAUAAAUUCUUGAAUAAACUGUGUGUGAGCCCCUGCUCACUUCGUUGAACCUCAAACCACAGUUUCUGCCUCUUCGUGUCCUGCACCCAUUUCUGGAGCCAUGACUGAGUUGGAGAAAAGCAUGGAGUCCCUGAUUGUGAUUUUCCACCACUAUGCUGGUGAGGACAGCGAUGGGAAGACCUUAAGCAAGAAAGAACUGAAAAAACUUGUUCAGACUGAGUUACCCUCCUUCCUGAAAGCCCAGCAAAACCCUAAUGUCGUGGACCGUAUCAUGAAAGAUUUGGACCAAAACAAAGAUGCCAAGUUGGACUUUGAAGAAUUCAUGUCCCUCAUCGUCGGCCUCUCAAUGGCCUGUGAGAAGUGUUAUGGGCUCCAUGAAAAAAAGGGCAAGAAGUUUAUGGCUCGUCUGGAUCAGGUCAUUACAAACAUUGUAGAUGUAUUUCUGGAGUAUGCUGAUGAUGAAGGCAAGAAACGACAGCUUAACAAAGAGGAGUUAAAGAAGGUGUUCGAGCAAGAAAUACAAAGCCCUGAGUUAAAGGAUUGUGUCUAUGCUCUUCUCCCAAUCCCUCUCUCCCAUCGUCUCGAUCCACACAAGUCUUCAUACAACUUUGUCACCAUGUCAGGACUUGUGCAGGCAAUGGCAAUACUCACGGAUACUUUCCAAAAAUACUCUGGAAAAGAAGGAGACAAAGACACUUUGACCAAGGGAGAACUCACUGAACUGCUCCGUAAGGAGCUUCCUGGAGCAGGAGACUCAAACAAAGCUGCAGUGGACAAUUUCUUCAGCAUGCUGGAUAAUGACAAGGAUGGUGUUGUUGAUUUCACGGAGUAUGUCACUUUUGUAACGGCCCUCACCGUGCUCUUCAAUCAGAAAUAAAUACUUUGGCCUCAUUGAUUCAUAACCUUCUUGCCUUAUUUGAUUUGUACUAAAUGAAAAAGCUGAGUAUUCCAACUUGCACCAGUAUUACAGUCACAUCUAUAAAAUAUGUCAUUAUCAUAUGUUCUAAGCAAAGGUUGGUUAAACAAAUACAUUGAUGAGGUUAUUACAUACAGUAUGCUCCAGGGAAUUGAAAUGUGCUGACUUUGAGUGUAUAUCACUGAUUGUGAAUGUCACAAGUGAUAAAUAAAGAAACAAAAUAAAUGAUGUCAAAUUUUAAA